AUGGUGAUUCCGAUAGCCGACAGUCUCUCUGACGACAAGUAUUGGGAAAAGGAAAAAGGUGUUAACGUGUUGCAUAAGAGGAGAGUAUCUGUUGAGGAGGAAUUGGACGAUGAUGUUUCUCGAAUAUCGGUGAAACCUGGUUGUACAAUGUUUAAAUCUAUUUUGAUACGGGUGAUAUUGGCAGUACUUUUUGUGGCUGUUGGAGUCGGUGCUGUCGCAUAUUCAGUUUUUAAUGCAGAAAAGCAUGACGAUUCAGAUGUAUUAAUAGAAAAAUUUAACAUAUACUUAGAUCAACAGUGUUUAAAUGGAACAAUUUUGAUUGAAUAUGGCAGUUAUCAGUGUUCACCCGCUGGCCACUGUUACAACAUUACAAAUGUUACUGAUAGAAUGAUAACUUGGGAACAGGAUAACAACAACAAAAAGUUAAAAAUAAGUUUUGGCGAAAACGAAGAAUCAAUACUACUAAUUAGUAACCUUACAAUUCAAAGAGAUAAACGAUCCGAUAAUGCUACUAAUUAUAACUGUACUGUUAUUAAAGACAGUUAUGACGAUUUCUUGCGCAAACUUUGUUUGAACAAUUUAAAGCGAAGCAUGUCAGAUCCACUAGUGACAAUUGAUGGUAUAGCCGUUCGCAAGUAUAAUGGUUCUGGAUCCUGCCAAGUAGAAAAUCAGACUGUGUACAUUGAGGCUUAUUCUCGUCAGGACGGUACAGUUUUUGGAUGGGAUGUGUUUUUUAAUGUUUCUACACCUUUACGACGUUUGCGGUAUCGCUUUCCAUCUAUGAUGCUUCACACUAGUUCUUUUACAUUAGAAAAUACUUGUUGA